CUCAUCGUGCUUGAGCAUGAAACAGAUCUGGAUUCUCGAUCCAGCCAUGGCUACUACUUCAUGAACUUGAACCAACGAAAAUCGAGCGGACCUGAGGUUGAGAAGCUUAAUGAAAGGGCCAAAUGAGCUUGUCGGUAGGUUCGCUUAGUCAGAAGUCGGGGAAUGUCGAGUGAGGAUGGGAAGAUGCAGGACGGGAUGCAUCUCUUCUCAGCCAGUCCAGAAGCUGGCAAAUAUUGUUGUUGAUAAUCUGAACAACUAGAAAUGCAUCUGUGCUCACUCAGAAUCCGGUUUGCAAGCAGAAAUGUCGUGACGAGUCAUGUCAACAUUUGGAAGGGGAAUCAGUGUAUAUGUAUGUCUUGCACGGAGGAUCUGAUUUCGUGAACGAAGCCGUCAUCCUGAAGGGUAUCAGAGAGUGGAAAGAUUGCACGAAAGUUGCUUGGAAAACAAUCAUUCGGGAUGAGGUCAUUUCAUUCAAUUGGAAGACAUUUCGCUGUGUGUGCUCAUUGAGAAAUUCUCAUCGAGUGAUACGUACAAUGUACAAAAGUGAAUGAGCUCACGACGCCACAAUAGCCAAGCAUUCGUCUAUCCCGCAUACCGCAAACCAUUGCGGAAAGCCAAUCUGAAUUGAGUGGAGAGUGGACUACUCUAUUUAGGAUCGUCGAAGAUUACUUAAUCGUGUCCAAGGCAGCCAGGAGGCUAACGGAAGAAAGAAACCCUCCUCUCCAACUCCCGAGAUCCUCCUAAGGGCACUUAGGCAGGCUAAAUAAAACAUUCCAGAAGCUCCACAAGAAACGACAUGAAAUCAUGGAGUUCGUGAAUCGCUGAUUCACGGCAUCAUCAUUCGGCCAUCAUGUUGAAACACUGUAGUCCAUCGGCUGUUGAUCUUUCAAAAAGGUCAUCCAUCUCGCGGAUCAGGGAGCACGAUGACAACGAGGAUUUGCAAGGUCCUCUAGCGUCAUCGUCUUCAUCCUCGACAUCUUCUUCAUCGUCAACGUCGUCGUCGUCCUCUUCGUCUUCUUCUUCCUCCUCAACCAGUGGGUCGGAUUCGUUUAGUCUCCAAUCCUCUGGAUCCAUUCACUCUCAACAUCAUGGCAGCACUCAAACUGACCUGGUCAUUUCCCACUUCAAAGAUGCCGCCACAUCGCCCUUGUUUAGAGCGAGGAGGAUAAUCCCCCUGGCCUCGAUCAUAAAGCACAGGCAACAGCAAUUAGUCCCGGAUCACUCCGAAUAUGACCCGGGCCAUUUGCACCCGGGAUCUUCUUUGCCCAGUUUUAGUCACCCCGCUGGAUCUAGUUUCAAUGCCAAUGCCAGAAUUCCCAUCAAGGUCUAUGCCAAGUGCUUGCGAUCCGAUAUUGAAUACAAGACUCUGAGUCUCAGCCCUCAAACCACUGCCAAAGAAUUGAUCUGGCUUCUGUUGAGCAAGUACAAAAUGCGACAUCGCGAUCCCAAGCUUUUCUACUUGACCAUGGACAUCAAUAUCAAAAGGACCGGGAUUCCGUUGCAACGCUCUUUGUCUUUGGAUGAUGAAUCGCGCCCAGUGGAGCUCAAGUCGUGUCACCCUUGGGGCGAGUGCAAAUUUACCCUCCAAAUGCGAAAAGGAGGCGUGGUACGAAUUUACGAUAGUGUGCUCAUGGCCGAAUCCAAAUAUAAGUGUUUACUCAUCUCGGAGACGACCACGGUGCGAGAAGUUGUGCAGAUCCUCUUUCAUUGUUACGGUCUGGACGCUAACGGGGAUCAGAAACGUUCAAGUGAUCGCUAUUGUAUUUUCGAGCAGAACCCCGCCCGAUCGUUUGAGCGUCGACUCAAUUCGGAUGAGAGGCCCAUCUUAGUGCAAAGCCUUUGGCCUAAUCCUUCCAAUUGCAUGUUUGUUUUGCGAUUAACACACUCAUCGUCCAGUUCUUCCUUGUCGGAAAUGGUGGUGGAAGAGGCCGAAACCAUGGUUGAUGUGCCUGAUGACCACGAAGGCGAGGGAGAACAACAAGAAGAUCAUGGAGAAGAGGAAUCUCCUUUGAGCCAGCGAGUGACGUCGUCCCGAUCUCCAGAUACGAGAAACACCAAAAUUCCCGGACGAGAAGAUUUGGACACUAGUUAUGGAAGUUCAGGGGAAUCCACAGCCAGCAGCGACUUCUCAGCCUUACGGUUUCACGAUUCGCCCGCGUUAUCGUCCACCAGAUCUGACGAGAGCAGUGGAGGCGAUUCGGGUCUCCUGAAGUCCUCACCAGACUUUGUUCCUCAUUAUCAAAAGCGAACCUCCAAUCCCUCGGGCGCCACAUCGACGACCACCAAUCAUCAUUGUCAGCAACUCAAGCCAAACACCUUCAAGAUGGUCUCAAGACAGAUUUCUCUGCAUUCUCUCUUGGAGACUCUACCCGCAGCCUCUGUCGACACGGGUGUGUUGGACUCCAAAUCAAGAAAGACUUCAUUAAGUUCUUUGUCCCUGGAUAGCCGCUCAUCCGACUUCGAUAGUUACUUCUAUAUCUGAUAUCCAUCCAGUCGACGCUCAUGUGAAGGGAACCGAGUGUUUAUGGCCAGGACGAGGGAGAGGACAGAUGCCAUAAAAAGCGCGAUUCAAAGAGUGAAAUUAAGCCCAGGGUCAGUCAUAUUUGUCAUAAAUCUUCCGUCAUCAACUUUUUAUCCAUGGUGCGGGCAAAAAGAGGAAGACGUCGACGACGUCGACGAUGACGACGAUUCGCCUUGGCCAGCGAUGACAAAGUGAGUUGAAAAUGACGCUACGCCUUUAGAAAAUUUGAACAAGGCUGCCCAGAGGUUCUUGACAUAUUUUUUUCCAUCAUUCUCCGUGACCUUAACGGUUCUUACGCAACGUCAUCAUCAUCAUUAUCCGCAUAGUAAGGGAGACCCUUCUUCCCAAGUUCAUUCUCUUCCAAUUUUUGCCUUCAAUUCAAUGGCGAUUGACAGGGGAAAAGACAGAAAGAACGAGUGUUUCGUGACACCCUUUCAUCCCAACGCCCCGUGAAACACCGAGUAGUAGCGAAACCGGCGAUGCAUCACAUCUCGAUGUUGCGAUAUCAGGAAUAAGAUGGACAAAGAAACAGCCAAGACAACGACUGAGCGAGGAGCCUUGACUGAACUUGGAAAUGAGUGGCAGAUCCCGCCCUUCUAAUGGCCUCCGUGGACUUGAACUUUUGGCUCGUAAGUAUGUGCGUGUGGUCCCACCCAAGAAGAUGUUCUCGAAACCGUGUCAGUAACGACAUCGACAUUAUUACGAUGUGCCCGACUACCACGUGAUGAUGAGGCAAGAUCGGAUCUCCUAAUUUUCGCCAUCCUCCAUUUGUGAGUGGGUAUUUUUUGCAUCAAGAAACUUCAUCUCGAUGUGGCUCCCUCCCUCCCUCCUUCCCUCCCUGCACACAUAUACACACACAUUCAAACCCGUGAUCAUGCCAGUCAGUCAGUUCGUCAGUCAGUCACUGAAUCAUCAUUGAGCGGGAGUAAAAGUGGAAAAGACAGGAAGUUUGACAAAGAAGAAUUAUGACAUUGCUUACUUUGACAAUUGACUUGAUUUUCACUCAUGAGAAGCCGCGAACGGAACGGCGACCCCCGAACAAACUCUCACUCUUUCCCCUUUUCCCUCCUGUAAUUUGCUCGCUCGACAGACAUGAAGCUGAAUUAUCCUCGCAAACAUUGGCUUGGUUUUCAACGACCAUUUCCUCAAAUGUGAUCUAUUCAUCCCAUGAGAAAGUGAAACGACCCCGGAUUAUUUGUGUCUUUUUUUUGGAGCCAAUUUUCGGAUUCUCGGUCAUGGCUUGCUUAUUCAUUUUGGUCCAAUUUGCCGACUUACCGAAUCCAGCCUUGAGCCACGAGUCACUUUUUUGCAGCUCGCAUUUUGUUCGCAAUUGGAGAAAGUUUUAGUGGGUUGCAUUCAAAUGAAUGUUGUUGUUGUUUUUUCUUCUUCUUCUUUGGAAAGAGGGUUAUGCCAAAUUUGUCCGUCUUAGGAAGCUUACCUUUUGGGAGCUCUAGGUUUCCUCUUGUGCAUCAUCAAUCUAGUCCCUGUUAAACCCCUUUCAAAGUCAAAGGCUAUUGGCAUUAUCAGAUUAAUCACCAUGAUUAUCCUUUUGUAUUAGCUUCAUGAUUACCACGCAUCUAUUAUUUAUUCCCUAUUUUAUCUACUCGUUUUUGCAAGAAAAAUAAAAGUCCGUUUCACAAUCUAA